AUGCUCGUCGGCGGCCACUUGGACCCUCGACGUCGACGCCCUCGCCCUCCGCCCUCGCCCUCCGCCCUCGCCCUCCGCCCUCACCCCAAUCGCCCGCCCAAUCACCCGCCCCCCUCCGCCUCGACACGCACACGCACAAUGGCACUGCGGCUCGCUGUCAGCCGGCCAUUGGCCUCGGCCGCCCGCUCGACGGCCGCCCGCGCCUUCUCCGCCACCGCGCUGCGGGCCAAGGAGAUCGCAGGCGGGAACACGGAGACGCCCAACAUGCGCUACGCCCCGCGCAACCCGCCCGAGCCGCUCAAGCGCGCCCUCGUCAACCCCGUCGACGCCCUGCGCGCAAAGGGCGACGCCCUGCACACCUACGGCAACUACCUCAUGUCGUGUCUGCCCAAGUACAUCCAGCAAUUCUCCGUCUGGAAGGACGAGCUCACCAUCUACAUCCCCCCCGCCGCCGUCCUCCCCGUCUUCUCCUUCCUCAAGAACCACACGGCGGCCGAGUACACGCAGAUCUCAGACAUCACCGCCGUCGACUACCCCACCAAGGACCAGCGCUUCGAGGUCGUCUACAACAUGCUCUCCAUCCGCCACAACGCCCGCCUGCGCGUCAAGACGUACGCCGACGAGGCCACCCCCGUCCCCUCGCUCUGCGACCUCUACGACGGCGCCAACUGGUACGAGCGCGAGGUCUACGAUCUGUUUGGCGUCUUCUUCGUCGGCCACCCGGACCUCCGCCGCAUCAUGACCGACUACGGCUUCGACGGCCACCCCCUGCGCAAGGACUUCCCCAUGACCGGCUACACCGAGAUCCGCUACGACGAGGAGAAGAAGCGCAUCGUCGUCGAGCCCCUCGAGAUGACCCAGGCUUUCCGCAACUUCCGUGGCGGUUCGGCCGCGUGGGAGCAGGUCGGCCCUGGUCAGGACACCACUCCCGAAAACUUCAAGCUGCCUACACCCAAGCCGGAGCCGCCCAAGGAGGGCGAGCAGAAGAAGUAG